AUGUACAAACUUGAUCUACCAGUUGACUACAGGGAAGCGGCUGCCAUUGAGCGACGUCGCAAUAUGGAAAAACAACGUCAAAGUCGUAUAUUUAAUGCUAAAGUUCGAACGAUCGGCAUUGAUGUAUCGGCUAUUGACUUGCAGAAACAGGAGAAGAAGCUCAUUGAGGAUCAGGAAAAGCAAAGAAAUGCUGCCAUGGAUGCUGACGCCUUAAGAAAUGCCAAAAUUGGUGAAUUACUGGAAAUGAGGCAAAAAAAUGACAUCAAAGAAAUGAACCAGAACCUGAAUGAUUUUCGUCAAAUGCAUCAGCAGCCAUUCAACCGUCGUGAAUUUGAUCUCUAUGAUCCUGAAGGUUUGAAAAAAGACAAGCCCAGCCGGGUGUCAGAUGAUGACCCCCGAUGCACUAUUUCCAGUUUACAGAAAUUUGAUGGUGAAGACAUGAAUUAUGACAACAGGGUCUCAUUUCAAAAAGAACAAAUGCGUGAAUGGCUUCAGCAACAGAUAGAUGAGAAAAAACAAGCAAAAGAUCAACUUGCUGAAGCUAAUCGGCUACAUGAUUUAAAACGAAUUGAACUCGAUGAACGUGCGUUGGCCCUGGCUAAAGCAGAAAAAGACUGCCAACGGAAUAUCAAAUUGGCUACUGACAAUUAUAAUCUGGCUCUGGACAAAGAAAGAAAAGACCGAGAACGUUUAGCUAGAAUACAGGAAGAAGAUGACAACAGCACUGAAAUUGCCAACUGCAUAUAUGGUGACUUUCUCACAGAGAACACAGCUGCUGCUCAAAGUGCAUUUGGACCUCAUCGGAUGAUUCCUGGCAGGUGGAAAGGAAUGAAUUCUGAACAGAAAAAUCAUUUUCAAAAGGGACAAAGAGAACAACGCUUGGAAAAUGAGAGAAAGCGAGCAGAAGAAAAAAAACUGAAGGACCAAUGGGAUCAGCAGAUGCUUUCCCAAUCCAAAGCGGGCAUGUUGAUUGAGCGUGAAUUUAAUCGCUCUCAGAAGGAUAAUAUGCAGAGGCUGUCUGAUGAGAACAAAAGGCUUGCACAAGAACAAAGGGCCCGACAAGACUACUUGAACAAAGAAGUCUACACAAAUGCACCAACUGCUGCCUAUUUUACACAAUUUAACACCACCACUCGAUAA